AAAACUCCUCACCACCUGCCUGCACUUGCGUCAACAGGACGAAAGGGAACCUCCCCCACGAGCUUUCCUCUUUCGCUCUUUCCCUUCACAAUGCAGCGUGGAAAGUUGCAGCACCAGCAGCCAUGGCAUCUGCCUUGUCGUCAAAUGCUGCUGAGCUGGCCUCGAUGAGCUCGGAGCCAAGCUCAGUCAUGAGCGCUUUGAACGUGACAGCAGUCGAUAUAACCAACCAAGAGUCCUCAGGCUGGUUGGGUCUCUUUGGGCGGCUCAUCAUCGCCAUCCUCAACAUGGUGUCUACCAUUAUUUAUUGGACGUUGCGGAUUGCAACCAUCAACGUCCCCAGCAUCCUCUUCACGUUGUUCUCCACCAGCUGGACCGUCACCAUGAAUGCGACAACCUUGAUGCUGAUCAUGGCUGGCGUCGUCUCCGCUGUCAGCUGGGUCGUUCGCUACAGGAUCCUCAACAUGUACUCCAGGCUUCCACCGGAGCCCCAACGCAAAGAACCCGAGAUCGACCUCUUCCCCGACACACACGACGAGGGUACCAAAUCUGGUCUUUCAAGCUACUUGGAUGAGUUUCUCAGCGCCAUCAAGAUCUUUGGCUACCUGGAGCGGCCUGUUUUCCAUGAGCUCACGCGGAGCAUGCAGACCCGCAAGCUCAUCGCUGGAGAGACCAUCAAUCUGGAGGAGGAAAAGGGAUUCUGCAUUGUUGUCGACGGACUGGUCGAGAUCUUUGUCAAGUCAAGUCUGCACCCCCGGUCCAGUGGUGUGUCCAGCGAUAGCUACGAUGAUGAGGAUGCCCACCCGGGUCAGCAACGCUACCAGCGCCUGACCGAAGUCCGCAACGGCGCUCCCAUGUCGUCGCUCUUCUCCAUCAUGUCGCUGUUCACAGAAGAUGUCAAGCUACAGCACACCGAUGAUUCCACCCAUGUUCCUGAGGGAGCUGCCCAUUCUCACGGCGGCUACGGAGCAGACGCCCCUGCCUCGAUGCCAACCACCCCUCACUUGCGAACGACCAUGGGCCACGCCGUCCCGUCUGUUGCUGAGGAGCACUCCGCUCAGGCACACGCCAGGGGUCUUAGCACAUCCCGCAUCCCGCACAUUUCGCUCGACGGCCAGGACUCCAGUUCAAGAAGACCAGCUCUGUCACACAGAGCUACCUCAGGAUCAGCACACCCCGACAUCAUCGCCAGGGCAACCGUCGAUACCACAAUCGCCAUCAUCCCAGCGAGUGCUUUCCGCAGGCUGAUCAAGGUCUAUCCCAAGGCCACGGCCCACAUUGUUCACGUCAUUUUGUCACGGUUUCAACGCGUUACCCUGGCGCACGCAUUUGACUAUCUUGGACUUACCGGCGAAGUCUUGCAGACGGAGAAGAAUGUCAUCAAAUACACAACUUGCCAGUUGCCCAACAUCCUACGCGGGGAGGCCUUGACCCGGUUGAAAGAGAAAUUCAGUCGCGAGCGCGAGAAGGCGCAGGAUGAGCAAGGUUCCAAGGGAAUCGCCUUGCACAAUCCGUCUUUGACUCGUCGUAGGAGGUCGAGCACGAGCUUGCGCAAAGAGGCUGCAUUGCAUUUAGUUGCCAAAAGGCAACCAUCUAUGCCGUUGACCACCCGGCCUCCGGUGCACACCCCUGGGCCCGGCGACCUCCUGUCUGGCAUUCAGCACGCCCGAGGCUCGCACCGCUCGUCUAAUUCAGAGGUCCGCAAUGGCUUUCCCUUUGACUCGCCGCAAAAAGACGACGUCAGUCCGCUGGCCCAGCGGUCUUAUAAUCCCUUUGAUUCUCGAGGACAGAGUCGAGUGCCAUUGGAUCCUCGGGAGACGGCUGACGAGGACAAUCUGUUCCGCACGUCCAUACUGGAAUGCAUGCUUAAGGGGCUUGGCCUUGACGGUGGCGGCAGCGCGUCUCGUGAGCCCGACUCCGUGGAAGGAUCUCCGCGGCUGGUUGGUCUGGAUCCCAGGCGGGGCAGAGCCUUCUACACCAGUAACAGCAAUGCUUUUGGCUCCAUAGGGCCUUUUGAUAGUUCUGGCGAUGGCGACAGCGAGUCGGUGACAUCGGGUGGUCUGACCGUGAGUGGCUCGCCGAGUGCUCAGGCCCUUUCCCAAGAGCUCAUGAACGAUGUGGAGAUUGUCUACUUCCCCAAGGGAUCUGUCCUUGUCGACCAAGGCGAGCGAGCUCCCGGUCUCUACUAUGUAGUGGACGGGUUUCUGGACAUUGGCACGACGAGCACAAACGACCCUCACAAUCUCUUUGCGUCGUCGUCCAGUGGCCCCCCCAGUGGCACGCCUUCCACGCCUGAUCUAGCCGUGGGGGAUAUGUUCCCGGCCCUCGCUCAAUCUGAGACAAUUCGAGAGAAGAGAGAGGCAGAAAAUUUUGGACACGCCCGACGACGCAGCAUCACGCUGGUGAAGCCAGGCGGUCUCGCUGGCUACAUUGGUGGCGUGUCGUCCUAUCGAUCCUUCAUCGACGUGGUUGCGAAGACGGAUGUUUAUGUUGGUUUCCUGCCGAGAGCGGCUCUGGAGCGCAUCGUUGAUCGGUAUCCCAUCAUUUUGUUGACAAUGGCAAAACGACUGACGCACAUCCUCCCACGCCUCAUCCUCCACAUUGACUUUGCUCUGGAAUGGGUACAAGUCAAUGCUGGCCAGGUCAUUUUCCACGAUGCAGACGAGAGCGAUGCCAUUUACAUUGUGCUCAACGGCCGACUUCGCUUAGUCGAGGACAAGAAGGAUGGGGGCAUGGUCGUACGGGCCGAGUAUGGGCAGGGCGAGAGCGUGGGCGAGCUUGAAGUGCUCACCGAGACAGCUCGCGCCGGCACGCUACACGCCAUUCGGGACACUGAGCUUGUCAAGUUCCCACGCACGCUGUUCAACAGCCUGGCACAGGAGCAUCCCAACAUCACCAUCAAGAUCUCCAAGAUCAUCGCUUCGCGGAUGAGAGCGGCCGUUGAUGAUCCACUGAAUCACCAAGGUAAAGAAGGGGGCUCGGCUGCUGUGGCCAGCCAGCGAAAGUCGACAAUGAACUUGCGCACCGUCGCCAUCCUGCCUGUGACUACCGGCGUUCCUGUUGUCGAGUUUGGCAACCGCCUGAUGAAUGCCUUGACUCAGGUCGGCCCCCCGAAUGGCGCCACUUCCUUGAACCAAGCCGGCAUUCUCAAGCACUUGGGCAAGCAUGCCUUCAACAAGAUGGGCAAGCUCAGGCUUGCUCAGUACUUGGCUGAUCUUGAGGAGAAGUACGGCUUGGUCGUCUAUGUUGCAGAUACCAACGUCAACUCGCCUUGGACACAGACAUGCAUUGCCCAGGCUGACAGCAUCUUAUUGGUGGGUCUCGCAGAAGGGUCCCCGGCUAUUGGAGAGUACGAGCGGUUCAUGCUUGGCAUGAAGUCGACAGCCAGGAAGACCCUCGUCUUGCUGCAUGCGGAACGCUACUCCCCGCCCGGCCUCACGAGAUCGUGGCUGCGCAACCGCGUGUGGAUCAACGGUGGCCACUUUCACAUCCAAAUGGCCUUCCGCAUGAAUGAGCUACCUGUCCACCCGCCGUCGAAGAAACUCGGCCAGGCCUUGAAGGCGAGGGUGCAAGUGCUCCAGGCCGAGAUCCAAAAGUACACGUCUCGCAAGGUGCACCACACGGCGUAUUACUCACCCGACAUGCCGUUCAAGAGCGAUUUCCACCGACUUGCGCGAAGGCUCUGCGGCAAAUCGAUUGGCCUUGUGCUGGGUGGCGGAGGUGCCCGAGGCAUCAGCCAGAUUGGCAUCAUUCGUGCGCUCGAAGAAGCCGGGAUCCCCAUUGACAUUGUGGGCGGCACAUCGAUAGGGUCGUUUGUUGGCGCAUUGUACGCGCGACACGCUGACGUCGUGCCCAUGUUUGGCUUCGCCAAGAAAUUUGCCGGACGCAUGGCCAGUCUCUGGCGCUUUGCUCUCGAUCUGACAUACCCGUCUGCCUCGUACACUACGGGUCACGAGUUCAAUCGAGGCAUCUUCAAGGCUUUUGGGGACACGCAGAUUGAGGACUUUUGGCUCGAGUACUACUGCAACACCACCAACAUCAGCAAGAGUCGGGUCGAGUUUCACACGAGCGGAUACGCCUGGCGAUACAUCCGCGCGUCCAUGUCGUUGGCUGGUCUACUCCCGCCACUGUGCGAUGAAGGCAGCAUGCUCCUCGAUGGCGGGUACGUGGACAAUCUGACUGUAUCCCACAUGAAGGCGCUGGGCAUAGACAUCAUCUUUGCCGUGGAUGUCGGUGCGAUUGACGACGACACGCCCCAGACGUACGGCGACUCAUUGUCUGGGAUGUGGGCAUUCUUCAACCGAUGGAAUCCGUUUUCGACCCAUCCCAACCCGCCGACCCUGGCAGAGAUUCAAGGCCGCCUGGCAUACGUGUCUAGCGUCGAUGCCCUGGAACGGGCCAAGACCAUGCCAGGAUGCAUCUACAUGCGCCCCCCGAUUGACGACUACGGCACGCUGGAGUUUGGCAAGUUUGAUGAGAUCUAUCGAGUGGGCCACAAGUAUGGCGAGGAUUUCCUGCAGACGAUGCGCGAGAACGGCGCGUUGCCGAUGAUGGAGGAGACGGAGGCCAAGCAAGCAUUGCGACGGACGACGGCGCCCCGACGAGCGAGCAUUUGAGCGACUAUUGCUGAUGGCUGCAUACCUCAUUAGAUAGCAUAGAUCAUAGAGAUAGAGCCAAAAUGCCAGCGCAUUGCAAAGCGACAGAUGACGAGGGACUCCAACUGUGACUCGUGAGAGACGUGAGAGACGUGAGUGACUGCCAGCUGGCUGUCAACAUGGAUCAGGGUCCAACAAACCCUUGCAUUUCUGCGACAAAUUAAUCGCAGCAAUUACGACGUCUAUGCCGAUGGAGGUGACAUCAUUCACCAUAAGCGGU